UUGAAAUGAAGCUCGAAUUCCGGCAUCAUCGAGUGAAAUCUAGGUUUGAGGUUGAGUUUCUUGCAUCUGAGAGGAAUACAAAAACAGAAAAGCCGAAGAGUGAGCUGUGCCUUUGCAGUUUCCCUGUGUUAAAAAAGAAAUUGGAAGGAAGCAGACGCUCUUGGGAUUUAGCUAAAGAUCCUGGCGCAGUUCCGUGACACACACACACACAUACAGAGCUGCCAUUGUGUUAGCUGCUGCUUUGCACAUCUCCUAAUUUGGAUUUACCGGGAAACUCAUUUCCUGAGAGAGGAGAAGGAGAAGGAGGCUGGAAGAGUCGGCAGGGACUGACCAGCACCGAGACGCAGACACAGACAGAGAGAAAGCGAUGGAGAGUGGCCGGCGCUGAGGACCAUGCUGGGGGCUGGGAAAGAGCAGCAGCGGGACAUGCUGAAGUGUGUAGUGGUCGGGGACGGCGCGGUGGGGAAGACCUGUCUGCUCAUGAGCUACGCCAACGACGCCUUCCCCGAGGAAUAUGUGCCGACCGUGUUCGACCACUAUGCAGUAACCAUCACCGUUGGAGGAAAGCAACAUUUGCUUGGUCUAUAUGAUACUGCUGGACAGGAGGACUACAAUCAACUGAGACCUUUCUCUUAUCCAAACACUGAUGUGUUUUUGAUCUGCUUCUCUGUGGUAAAUCCUGCAUCUUAUCACAAUGUGCAAGAGGAAUGGGUGCCUGAGCUUAAAGCAUGUAUGCCACAUGUGCCUUAUGUACUGAUUGGAACUCAGAUUGAUCUGAGAGAUGAUCCCAAAACACUGGCCCGAUUAAUUCACAUGAAGGAAAAACCCAUCACAUAUGAACAAGGUGUGAAGUUGGCUAAAGAGAUUGGAGCACAGUGUUACCUGGAAUGCUCUGCCCUCACACAGAAAGGAUUGAAAGCUGUGUUUGAUGAAGCAAUUUUGACAGUUUUCCACCCCAAAAAGAGGAAAAGAGGUUGUGCAAAAUGUCGUGUGUGUUGUGCAAUUAUAUGAUGGAAUGCCAGAGGACAAAGGAGGAAUGUUGCAAGAAAGCAAGUUCUGGUUGACUGAUAAGAGUGAAGCUGAUUGUAAAAGCAGUAAGCUUUUUAACUGAGAAUAUUUGGAAAAGGAAAAAAAAAAUUCUUUCCUGGUUCCUUAACAUGAUGACGAGAUGGAGAGCGGGUCCAGUGAGGAAUCAUCUGCAGUAGUGGACUAACUUAAAACUAUCGAACCUCACAAAAGUCAUAUUAGUUUACUGCUAACUACUGGUCACUUUUCAAAUUGCCAGGCAUGCAUAUUCUCUCAAGCCUGGCUGCAAAGCACUGAGCCAUUGUUAAAAAUGUUCUUAUGGCAGAGAUGUUACUGGGAAGUCUGAGGAGCAAAAGAGCCAAAGGUGUUAGACAGAACACAUUGAAGCACUGCAUCGAAAACUUGUUACUUUUGGCUAAUUUUUUUUGUGGCCUUAUGCAGCUAUUUAUAAGCUCAGCUAAUGCAAUUUGAAGACCUCAGUAUUUAUGCUGUACUGCCAUCCUGAAGUUUGGAUGAGCAUUUAUUGCAAUUUACAGUAGGCAUCUGAACACUUGUAGCCAUGUAGGAAUUAAUGAAUUAACUCCAUUAAGCUGUUAUUUCUGAAGCAUUGUGAUAAUGGCCACAUGACAUCAUUAGCAGACUGGCAUUAUUUUAUAACAUCUGCACUACAUGUAGAAUUGAAAACCUAAGAUUUUAAAUGAGAUCAUGAAAUCCUAGCUUUCCUAACUCCAUAGCAAGUUAACUGAUAAACUUCAUUCUCUCAUGACAAUUUAAAACAUUUGUACCGAAUCUUUUGUUUUGUUUUUUAAUUGUUUUUUCUACAGCAAAAGAUGCUUUGUCUUGUGGCCUGUUAGCACUCAGGUUUUUUUUUAAAAAAAUCUAUCAAAUUAUUGAUGACCAUGACUUGCAUAUUCCAUUUUAAGAAUACUUUCCUCUGACUAAAAUUCAAGUAGCAUGUUAGGUAAAACCAGGAUUCAUGUUGUUCAGUUUUGUGGAAAGGAGUAAGUCUACUUGCUAAGUAGGUUGGCAGCAUCUUGCAUUGAUGUAUUGAUGCAUGGCAUCAUUGAGGAAUGCCACCUUGAUUCUUUUAUUCCAGUAUGUUGACACUGAGCAGAGGGCGGGUGCAUCUCCACAGCAGGGAGGAGAAAAUUUGAACGAGUUUCUAACAGUUCAAUCUUAUGCAACUUUUACCAAGCAGAGGCCUGAGAUCACAGUUUCCCACUCAGCAAUAGUGCAAUUAAGCCAAAAAAUAGAAAUGGGGAAGGAAAAAGAAAAUGAUCUAAGCAACUUAAUUACUUUCUGAAAUUGGCAUGCAUUUGAUUACUUAAUAGUAAAUAAGCUUGCUUCAAACCCUCCUGUGAUUUUGCACCUGACCUCUACUGCUACCACCCUAAGCAGACCAGUAGAAGAUGAGGUAAUUUAGUGAAUAGAUUCUCUCAUUACUCUUUCUAUGAAAAAUAUCUAAUGUAUAUUCUGUUUCCAUUCUUUACACCCAUAAUGUUUGUUUGUCCCAAAUAUUCAAAAGAAAUGUUCUCUUUAUGAAAGCACAAUAUCACACUUUGGAUACAACUUGCCUUGGACCACAGUCUUCGGGUCAAAUAUAACGACUCCUUUUCAUUCAGACCAGUACAACGGAACACACAGAAAACUACGUUGAGGCAAUGAUGUUUACUGCGCUACAUAACGUGACCAGAAAAGUCUAGUAGGGAAUAUCUUCAUGCUGUAUCUCAGUUCACACUGUACCUCAGUUAAGUCAUGUGCUACUGUAAAUCCAGAAUAACUCCCUUCAAUUCAUGAAGCAUAUUGGCCCAAAAUUUGUCAGAUUUGUCAACUUGUGAUGUGCCCUAAUAUUAAAGUUCUUCCCUCUCCCUUCACUUCGUAUGUUUGUCCUGUAAGCUGUUGGAACUGCAGGCUAAUAAGGGCACAGUGAGGGGGUAAAGGACAUUUGGAACCUUGGUAAACAUUGGGACCUAGAGUGUAACUGAUUUAAGUAGUGAAAUUGAUACUUUGAGAAGGAAACUGGAGAAUGAUUGAGCAGGAGAGUGAAUUAGAGUCAAAGAAGGUGCGGAAGUGUAAUAUGGAGAUCAAGGUUGGAUCCAAAAGAUAGAGAGAGAGACAAAAGUAAGGGAAGAAUUAGAAUUUAAAUAUCAAUGGUGCUACUCAUCCAGCAACUUGUAGUGAUUUUGCAAUUCACAGGGUAUCUUUUCCUUGCCACAAGUUACCAGAUGAUUUACGUAGUUAAGACAGCAAGUGCCACUAAAUCAUCCGUAAUUUGAUAAAUUUUGGGCUGCUAAUAAAGAUCAGCUUACCAAAUGGCUGGUGAGUAUAAUUUACGUUCUGACUUGUUAUGCAAAUAUGCAUUUGUUAUAUUUAUCACUUGAAAUUAGGAUUGUGCUGACAACUAUUGUUGUGUACAGCACAUAAAAUGAAUAGCGCUCCAAUUUAACUAACUUUUUUGUUGAGUUGAAUCAUUUCAAGCCGUUCCAAGAACUCCCGAACUUUUCAGAACAACACUGGCUCUGUCAAAAGAUUUUAAUAUUGGAAUCAUCCUGAUUUGAUUUGCUGGAUUAAGAUUUUCCAAAUAUAUUUACUAGCGCCAUCAAUUCUGCUAUUAUGCCACUAGGACCUUCAAUCCGUUUCUUGCUAUUUCCAUUGUGAUAACCAGAAAUUUUCUGAAUGUUUGGAAUCGUAACUUUGGCAUUUUGCAGAGCCACUUUCAUGAAUACUAACUUAGCGCUACGAUAAUUAGCAGCAUCCUGUGCAGGUUAUUUGUUCUUUAUACCGAAAGAAAUAAGCACAAGUUGAUAUUUUUGUGUCUUAAUUAUAUCAUUUUGCAUCACGAUAACCAGAUAUGUGCACAUUGGUAACUGAAGUAAAUAAAUAUGCCCGAUAUGAUGAGGUGCAUUACAAUCAGUCAUGCUCUUGUUAGUUGUUUUCUUAGUAAGAGCUGGCUUGGGAAGCCAACAUUUUAUUUGCAUUUCUUACACAUGCAAGAGGCUACUAUUAACUAGCUGGCAAAGGAAUGUAGGUCAAAAUCUUUUCAAGUACACUGUUCAGGAGUUUUCUUAGUCAUUGCAAGUGAUGUGAACUUGGGAUCACUAUGGAGUACAUUGCUUUUUUGUUUCAUGUAAAGGUAAGCAAGCAACCAAAAGUGUCCUGGAACUAAAGCGUUCAAAGAUUUUUUAAAAUUUUUUUUCCAAUACCUACUACAUGCAGUUAAAAUAUGAAUAUAAGCUAAAUAUGGUCAGUAAGCCGGUUCUGAGAGUAAACUUAGAAGCUGUGGAUGUAUAUGUAUAUGUAUCUCAAACUCUGAUUUUUGAAGGCACAAUUUAGCUCAUAAAAUGAGAAAAUUUAAUUGAAUAUCUAUCAUCACAUGACUUUGCUGAUAGAUCUUGGAAGAUUGAGAGAAGAGGGUGAUGUUAAAUGAAAGAUGAAUUACUUCUUUCAUUCUAGAUGUGGUAUCUACAAAACGUCCUAUGGAGACAUAGGCUUGAAACAGUGUCAUAUUGCCGAACAAUCUAAAUGUAGGUAGAACUAAAUAUCAUAGACAAAGCCUAAAUUAAUUGUGAGCUUUGAUUUUCUAGGCUGAACAAUUCAUUUAAUUUUGAGCAUUGAGAAAUAUUACCUGGUGGGUGUUCUAAUUGUUGCUCUUGGAAUCCAAUGUUAAUGUGACGUUUUGUAGUAGGGCUGUGUUGCUGCAUUUCAGUGAUCUGCCAAACUUAUGGGCAAACAAAUAGGAAACUUAUGUUUUCAAUUAAAACUAGCUGAGAUAUAACUUAAUGUAAUAGGGGUUCUAAUCUAAUCAGCUGAUUAGAUUUUUAACAGGUCUAAUUGAGCAUUUGCUACCAUUUUUAUUUGUCUCAGUCCAGCAAUCUUUGUUUCUUAAGAGUCAACUAUUUUAAUUACUCUAUUCUUACUGAUAUCCUGGUCAUUGCAGGUUGGAGUAGGAAUCCAAUUUUUGUUUUGUGUGUGGUAGGACUAUAAGUGUUUGCAAGUUCCAAGGUAUUUUUUCUGACAACUGACACACAUGAGGAUUACUAUCUUGAACUUGCAUCGGUUUUAUUAUAUGAAGCACAAUACAUAUGUAUUCACCUCCUCAUUUGUUCUAUUGCAACCAGCAGACAAGUCCAUUAGCAUCCAUUAGAAUGAAGUAAUCCAUACUUAUUGCUUUAUAAAGUUCUUGUAUCAGUAAUCAUUAACAACUAUAUUAAAUUAAACUUUGUCAAGACUGUUUAAUGUGUUGACUUAAUACACAUAGGAAAAAUAAUAACUGCCUAUUUUGUCAGAAACAUUGGACAGUUCACCUUAAAUGAUCGAUUGGACUGUUUUUUAAAUUUUUUGGUGGGUCCAGUUACCAGGUGGGAGAGAAAAAGCUAAGCACAAAAUAAACUAGGCAGCUUUUUGAUUUAACAUAGAUACAAAGUCAUGAGCAACAUAUUUUAAAUUACUAUGGACAAUAAAUUAGAAAUUGAUUUUAAAAAGGAAUAACUUUCAAUUCAAUUGACUGAUGUUUUAGCCUUGAAUGCAGUGUUUACGUGCUUUAACUUGCAUGCAUAUUGAUAAUCUUCUAAAGAUAUUCAGUUUUCAUGCUGUCAGGAAAGAAUUCCCUUGGGAUGCUGUACAAGUGCAUCAGGAGAUUGAGUGAGACGUGUGUGUAAAUACGGUUGGAAGCAUGCUGUGUAGUUUAUUUUCCAAUGUAUUCUGGAUCUUUGGGUUGAUUUCUUUUAACUGAACAGAAAUCUCUUAUUCAAAAACUUGGGUGAGUACUGAAAAUUGGGCUUGGAAAAUACAUCAAAAUUAGAUGUUGCAAUUUAAACUUAAUUUUCAUGGAAGGAAGCAAGAAAUCUAGUCAACAAAACUUAUCAACAUUUUGUAUGAUUACAUUCACUUUAUUUACAAUAAGGUAAAUAGCCCUCAGAGUUUGAAAUGCAAGUUCAGCUUUGGAAGGGUUUAAAGUGAAGAGGAUUUUGGUAGUUUACAGCCCUAGUUUAAAAUGGAUAUGACUGGUAUUAUGUCUUUGAAAGUGGAUGGGCUUUAGCAGUUUCAUUUGGCGGCUGAGAAAGUUAUCCGGAUGUGGCAUUGUGCUCAGUUUCUUCCCUCAUCUUUCCUCACUGACCAAAAGUGUUUUCUUCCACCCCUGUAAAAUUACACCCACGCCCCCCAUCUUUUGCUACCAUUAAUCCCCCUCUUGCUGCCUGUGCCACCUCAAUCCUCCACAAACAUCAAUUCAUUCAAAAUACCACCACUUGUGCCCUGCCCCUCCGCCUAAGUCCUGUAAUUCCUGCAAGAUUAUCCUCCUCCAAAUUUAUUUUUAGUAACUUUCUGUGCACCAGUGUGUCAGUACCAAAAUGUUCUUCCUGUUUUACAAAUCUCUGCUCUUUUUUUUCCAUCCUUCUUCUUUUAUACCUGUGAAUGCAUCCUUUGAUGCCUCUAUACUGUAAUUCUGACCCCUGCCUAACCAUCAUGGACAAAUCUCUAAAAUCACUAUGCUCCUACUGUUUCAACGUCUGAACUCUGCAUCCUGUAUCGUGAUAGCACCUCACCACCACCCCACCCCCUCCCUCCACAAAAACUUCCUCCAUCUUCCAUUCUGCAGCAAUAUGUUUGGUUCUCCAAAGGAGAAACUCCAUUUCAUUCCCCUUCCUCUUUCUCAUGCUGUAUACUGUAGUAACUACUUCCUUGCAUAGUGCCCAGAAAUUUCUUCUUGUGCUUGAGAAACACUUUUAAAAAAUCAUGUUAUAAUAAAACAUUUUUAUGGAAUGAAUGCGGCACCGUCCUCUGAUCUAAAACCCAAUUUCAUGACUUGCAUUUUAAUGGUUAAUUUUGUUGGACAAUAAACAAUUGGCUGCUUAAUUGUAAUGGAAAAGAUAAGGUAAGACAAUAAGGAUGAAAUAAACUGACGUUGUAGUUCUUCAGUAUGGGAGAUUAGAACAGGAUGAAAAAAUAAAAUAAAACUCCAGUGUCCUCUGAAUUGCUGAGAGCAGGCUUUCAACCUGGUCUCCAGUGGAAAGUGACUCAACAAAAAAAAACCCAAAAAGUUCAAUUUAAUUGCAUGUAGGCUUUGCUUGAAGGGUGGGGAUUUGGGUGUUUUCAUCCAGUGCAACAAAUAUGUUCCUGUGAUCCAGGAUUUUUCAUGGCCAAGGGAAUAUUGUGAUAAAUGUGCUGGUAUACGAGCUGCCCUGGAUGACUAGUAAUUUUCUCUUUUUCCUCUCUGGGCUCAACAGCAGUAAAUACUGCACGUUGGACUAACACAUUACUGUGUUGUAUAAUUACAAAAUAUUACAGCCAUUCAUCAAUAAAUGACAACUAGACAAACCUUAUUUCCUUCGAGCAAGUGCUAGUUGAUCAGUUGCCAGAAUUCCAUGUUAAUCUGCCUGGCAAAUUCCAGAUUACCAUUUUAAAAAAACAAAACAAUACUUGAAAACAAGCAUUCUCUAAAUAGAAAACAUUUAUUGGCCCUUUUUGAGUAAAUUUGUGAAACAGGUGGAUGGGACACAAUAAAGUUCUAAUAUAUAAAAAUCAUGACACUGACUACACAUUAGAAAUAGUUCAUUGGCUGUAAGUGGGAUGUCCUGAGAUCAAUAAAGGCACUAAAUGAAUGCAAUUUUUGUAUCUGAAAUUUUAAAAUAUCUCUGAUCCAGAUAUUAUUACACAUCUAAUCAGUCUGACUGCACAACACGUUAGAAAUUGUGGAUUUGUAAUUGUUGCGAUGUCCGAUCCAAUUGCUUUGCUCUGGAAAUAUUCUCAAUGGAACCGCUGCCUGCUUUCUGUUUAUGAGACAUCCUGAAUUAACUUGCUUUCAGAUUUUAAUCUUGUUUUUUAAAAUUGCAAUUAGAGACUGGCAGGCAGGUAAACAAGUAUUCUGAUGAUAGAUGAGAGCUUGUUGGAAAAAAAACGUUUCUGUCUCACUGGCCUUGAUGGAUGGUUGUGGCAGAGAGUGCAAUGGAAGAUGAGUGGAAAUGGUGUUAGUGCCAUGCUACACAAACAGAUCAUUCAUUCCGUAGCUGUAAUUUGUAAUGGCAAACGAAUGAAGGACUUUACAGAGCACUGCUUUAAACUUCAAUUUCUCAAGGAUAUUUAGAUGCCAUAUAAAAUAGUUUCUUUGCAUGAUCUAAUACCACAUCAGAAUGGUAUUAAUAGAAAUGACAUCCAUAUAAAUGUGAUUGUACAGUCUGCAAAUUAUUCAUUGAUUCAGCAAACUCAUUUGCUGCUUUAAGAAACUGGAAUCUUUCUUAAAACAGGAGUGUUGGGCUGGCUAGCCUUUAAUCUUCCAAUACUUAUACAGUUAUUGGCUGUGGCAUUUAAGCUGAGAAACCUUUCAGAAAAAUGUUUGUGGUCUUCCAGUUACCAGUUUAAUUAUUGGCUGGGAAAUACUGUAUUUUUAUUACAUAUACAAGUUUCUCGAACAUAGCAGUAUUUUAUAUCACUCUGCACUGCAUUAACCCCUUUUAUGAGCUCGAAGAACAGCAAUCUUCUGCAGGUAAGUUGUCUAUGGAUUAUCAGGCGCCAUAAUUUUGCUCAGGAUAAAUAAUAAAAGCAUGCACAGUAUAGUAAUUUAUCUAUAAUUCAUUGUAUAAGCUGAAUGCUGUGUUGUGAAGCACAAGUAUUUUGGGGAUGCAAAUCUUAAGAUAUAAAGAAAAACUUCUACGCCCGUUAUUACCAGGCACUACAGUUGUCCAUAUGUCAUUUGUUUGAUUUGUCACCAGCUCCAAGUUAAAAUUUUGGCACUGUUUUAAGUUUCAGAGGGCUCUGUCUUUCUAUCUACCUAUCAAUCAUAUCAUCUAGUUAGAAAAUCUCCAGCGUUCUUAACUAGGUGUGAUUGACAAUAGUUGCAUUUUGAAAUUAUUCAUGUUGUUGUUGGUUUCGGUUCAAAACAUACAUUGACAAUUAUAUCAUUAAUUUUUUAACAAUCUGAAGUAUCAAAAUGCACAGAAUCAAACCAGCAGAUAGUAAUUCUUAGUAGUUUUCCCAUUUAAGAAGGCCUUGAUGAAAUGUCCUUAGAACCAGAAUGAACAAAUCAAUGGUAUUGCAUACAUAAUUGUUGAUAUUUUUGACUUGUGUUAACAUGUAUCAAUGAAUAAUUAAUAUUGGGCCAAUUGCUCUUAACAGUAUUUUGUGGGUUUAUUGUUGGCAUAAUACAGGACCCCACACAUUUUGACUCAAUGUUUCAAUUUAGUCUACAGAAGACUACUGCCCAAAUAACAAAACACUGAAAGUAUUAAAUACAGAUGUGAAAUGCAUUUCUAAAAUAUGUACUUUGGGUAUAGUAAGUUCUGUAAUCAUAAAGAUCAGCUUUACAUCAAUACUUCUCAUGGGAUUGAUACCAUGUUCUGAUUUUCAAAUAGAAUAUUAAAUUGCAGAAACAACUGGCUAGCAUUUUUUACAAGAAUUAAUGAUAAAUAAAUACCAGUUGGUGAGAAUUUGCGAAUUUCUUUUCAAAUAACAGAUGCUCCAUGGCAUCCUUCCAUACUUCCCAACAAAUUUCAAUGCAUUUUCAGCAAAAAUAAUUAUUAAUGCCCCCAGAAAAUGGUUUGAUAAAGGUAUAUUUGAUAAUCAAAAGAUUCCAAACACAGUAAAAUAUGUAAUCAAGACAAGCAGACUUAAGAACAUUAUCAGGUGACUUUAUUUCACAAUGUAAAUUAGUAAACUGUAGUUGAAAGAUCAUACUGUUAUAUCAAUUUUCUCCUUUGUUAAAAUAAUUCCAUUAUUGAUGAUAAACAUUCACGUGCAUCUUUCAAACUGUUAAAAUGGGAAUGUACCACUGGUCUGUGACCUGAUCAAGUAUUGCACUGUAUGAUGCAAAGAUCUAAAUCAUGUGAACAUUAUGAUGUCUAGAUACAGUUUUCACUCAACCCACUUGAUGCACUUGAAAUAAAAAUCAUGUAAUUAAUACUUCUUUUCCACUUUGCACAAACUGGUAACCGUGAAAUCCUCUAUAAAUGUGUUGGGAAGUAAUCACAGUUUUACUGGGUAGAAUUCUUUGCUCAGAGUCUCUCUCUAGUAAGACUAAUAUGUUUGCUUACAGUAUCCAAAUACAAUAUCUUUUUAGUGCCUUAAUAUUGUUUCUAUGUAUUAAGUAAAUACAGGUAUUAAUGUUUCAGAAAGAGCAAUAACUUGAACCCAAUAGAAAUGCAAAUUACACAUAAUUUAACCUUAUUAAAAUAUGAAAGGCAACUUGUAAUUAGCAUUUGUAUAUGUAAUUCCAUAUUUGCUUUUGAUUUCCAUGCAACAGAUUUAAGUACUCACUAUUAUGGCAAUUGCUUUGUACUCUUAAUUUUUGUAUAAUUCUGUUUAUUGUGCAUAGUUUUUGAUGAAAGUAAAAGUUUAUUGUACCUUGUCUGUCUAUA